AGGGGCGGCAGCAGGGGCGGCAGCGGAGUCUCGGUCGGCAUUCCGUUGCAUCAGCGAUGGCGGCGGCGGCUGCGGCGGCGUCGCUCAUGACGGGACGGCAUUACGCCAGCACUGCAGCCGCCGGCGCCGGCGCCGCCACAUCGCAGCAGCAGCAGCAGCAGCAGCAGUGGCCUUCGGUGGCCGGCGCCCAGGAGAGCGAGGGCACCCCGAGCUCAGAUCCCUCAUUGCCGCUGUCGGCGUCGCAGCAGCAGCAGCAGCAGCAGCAGCAGCAGCAAUCUCGGAGGCCGCCGUUGGGGUUCGUGGCGGGGGGUCAUGACGUGGCGUCGUUUACCCCGGACCGCAUCCGCAACUUCUCCAUCAUCGCGCACGUAGACCACGGCAAAUCCACCAUUGCUGAUCGCCUCAUGGAAAUGACCGGCGCAUUGGGAGCAAGGACCACCCAUAAUGCGCAGUAUCUUGAUAAGUUGCAGGUGGAGCGGGAGCGGGGCAUCACCGUGAAGGCGCAGACGGUGUCGCUUGUGUACGAACAUAAAGGAUUGCCGUACUUGCUCAACCUUAUCGACACGCCAGGCCACGUGGACUUCAGCUACGAGGUGUCCCGCUCUCUGGCCGCGUGUCAGGGGGCGCUGCUGGUGGUGGAUGCGGGGCAGGGCAUUCAGGCGCAGACGGUUGCCAACUUCUUCCUGGCGUUUGAGCAGGGCAUGGACCUCAUUCCUGUGGUGAACAAGAUCGACUUGCCGGCCGCCGACCCGCGGGGCUGUGCGGAGCAAAUGGCUACCGCCUUCGAUCUGGACCCGGGGGGGGUGCUGUUCACCAGCGCGAAGACGGGGCAGGGCAUGGAGGAGGUGUUGCCAGCAGUGAUAGAGCGCAUCCGGGCGCCCGGUGGUGACCCCUCUGCCCCCCUCCGCAUGCUGCUGUUCGACGCCUUCCACGACGAGUAUCGCGGGGUGGUGAUGUUGGUGGAGGUGGUGGAUGGGCGAGUGGAGGUGGGGAUGCGGGUGGCCAUGGCGUCUACGGGGACAGCGUACGAGGUGCAGGAGGUAGGUCUCCAGGCCCCGGAGCGCCACCCCACGGGGCGGCUCCACACCGGCCAGGUGGGCUACCUGCUGUGCGGCAUCAAGGAUCUCAAGGCGGCGAGGGUGGGGGACACACUGUACGCAUCACCGCCUGCUCGGUUGCCCGGGUUCAGGCCCGCCAAAGCCAUGGUGUUCGCGGGUUUGUUCCCUCUGGGCGGUGAUGGUCAGGAGUUCGAGUCCCUGGCCACCGCUAUGGACAAGCUGCUGCUCAACGAUGCGAGUGUGGUGGUAAAGCGCGAGAACAGCGAAGCCCUAGGACCAGGCUUCCGUUGCGGCUUCCUGGGCAUGCUCCACAUGGAAAUCUUCACACAACGUCUGCAACAAGAGUACGGCGCCAGUGUCGUAACCACCACGCCCAUGGUGCCGUACGUUUUGGAAAUGCCGGACGGAUCCAGCCGUACACUCGAGAGCGCAUCGGAGUACCCAGUCGACACGCGAGUGGCCCGCAUUCUGGAGCCCACCGUAACGGCCACCAUCAUCUGCCCCGAUGGCUGUGUGGGUCGGCUUAUGGAGCUUUGCGCGGGGCGGCGCGGGGAGCAGUUAGAGCACAGUUCCCUAGGAGGCGGUCGGUCCAUGCUGCGAUAUCGGCUGCCAUUAGCUGAGCUGGCGGGUGACUUUUACAGCCUCGUCAAGAGCCGCUCUCAGGGCUAUGCGUCCUUCGAUUACGAGGAGGGUCCCUACCGGCCAGCUGACCUUGUCCGACUGGAUAUCCUGGCGCACGGCAAGCCGGUGGAUGCUCUGGCGCGUAUGGUGGCACGGGACGACGCGCCGCACAUUGGGCGGGCGCUGCUGGUGAAGAUGAAGGACCUGCUCGACCGACAACAGUUCGAGGUGGUGUUGCAGGCUGCAGCCAACGGCAAGAUCAUCGCGCGUGAGACGCUCAAGGCGCUUCGUAAGAACGUGACUGCCAAGUGCUACGGUGGCGACGUGACCCGGAAGCGCAAGCUUUUGGACCGGCAAAAAGAGGGCAAACGGCGCAUGAAGCGGCUGGGCAGCAUUGAUGUGCCGCAGGAGCUGUUCCCCGAACUCAUGAAAACGCGGUAAUGACGACUAUAUAUCUGUCUGCCUCUGUGUGUGUGUGUGUGUGUGUGUGUCUGUCUGUGUGUGUGACACGGUGUGGAGCACAGUGGGAGAUGUCUACCAGCUUACCAGGACAUCUAUCUUCCCGCGGGGCUCUUUCAUGGAUGGUGGAUGAUAUAAGGAGCGGAUGACGCGGAGACGGAAGAGCUGGGCAGGGUUGGGCAUUUGGUGAGGAGCUGCUGUGGUGUGGAUUGGAAGUGCGGAGAAGGGGGGAUGUUUUUCACCACUAGCUAUCAUGUAUGUAACGUGUCAGUUCC